GUUAGCUAAGUUCCGCAAAUUUAGUACGAUCUAUCGUGGAAUGAACAAUGUUGCGAGGGAAAAUACACAUUUUACGCAUUUAAGCGAAUUUCGCCUACAGCCUACAAUGAUCUGUCGUUGUGUGUUGGACUACCAGUAUGUUUUGGAUUUUAGUCGAAUAUUACGAUAAAACAUCCUAGACAUUAUUUCAUAUGAACAUCUAUUUAAAAAUGUUAUAUUUAAUUAAUGAGCCAUUUCGAACAUAAAAAAUGAUUGGAUCAGAUUUAUGGAAACGAAUAUGGUUCUGUUCAGUAUGUACGAUUUUGUUCAUAUUCCCGCUGAUUGACACAAGUCACAUAAAACAAUUGACGUUUUGCGAACAAAAAUCUUCACGCAGUCUAUUGUUUGUAAGUACUUUGGAUGGAAAAAUAUCUGCUUUGGAUGCUAAUAAUUUAGGAGAGAAACAAUGGACAUUAGAUUUAAAUGAAGGACCUAUGUUGUCAUCAAGCAUUCAUCGUAGAGAACUGAAUAAUAAUGGACAAUGGAUUCGUUUAAUUCCAUCUUUAAAUGGUGGAUUAUAUAAAUUUGAUGGUGAAAAUUUAGAAGCAAUACCAGUGUCUGCAAAUCAGUUGCUACAUUCAUCUUUCCGCUAUUCAGAUGAUUUAGUAUUUUCAGGUGGUAGAGAAGUUAAAUCAUAUGGUAUUUCAAGUACAACAGGAAAAAUUUUAUAUGAAUGUGGAAUUAGUGGUUGUACUAAUAACACAGAGAAAGAAUCUUAUGUUGAACAGGAAGUGCUUGUUGUCCAAAGAUUUCAACAAACUGUGAGAGCAGUUGAACCUCAAUCUGGUAUUGAAAGAUGGAACUUUAGCGUUGGACAGCAUAAUAUAAUAUUGAUGCCUCAAUCUGAUGUUUAUUGCCAAAAUAAAGUUCCCUUUGAUUCUUUAGACAUUGAAAUUAAAGUAGUAAUACCUGAUGGUUUGGUGUGGGCUAUUAACAAAAACGAUCCUACAGUAAAAUUAUGGCAACAGAAGUUUGAUUCUCCAAUUGUUGCUAUAUGGCGUGAGGAUGCAAAUAUGAAAACCAGUGAAUAUAACAAUUUAAAAGAAAUUAAUUUAUUUGAUAGCAAACAGUGGUCAUGGGGUACAGAAUUUUCGACUAGCCCAGCUAUUUAUUUAGGUAUGCAUGACAGGCAACUAUAUAUACAGGAAAAUGAAGAAUUACAUAAAGCAUUAGAAAUUUCACAAAAAUACAUACAACAUUCGAAAUAUCCAUGGCAACCUUACCCUGCUGUUGAUUAUGCAGUUAGAAAAGCUCUUUCAAGUUCAGCAGAUGAUAAUGAAGAGAAUGCUCUUCUUGAAAUAACAGAUGCACAAAGCACUACUGCAUUGUCAGUUUUGUAUAAUUCAGAAUAUGUAAAUGGAAAUGGAUACUAUUUGUAUUCUAAAGAUCAAAUACAGUUAGACAAGAAUAAACAAUGCAAUCAUAAUAAUCCAAACUUACUACAUAUUAAUAAAGAACAGAAAAUACAUACACCAAAUGAUACUCAUGGAGAAGAUGAUGAUACUCCUGUUCAAAUUAUAAUUGUAUCAUUGUGGUGUUGGUGGAAGGAAGUUUUGGUCAUUUCAAUUACCACUGCAAUUUUGGUCAACUUUAUGUUAACACAACGUCUAUUAAAUGCCACAGUAGCUGCUAAGGAUGCAGUACUUCCGCCUUUAAUAGUUGAAAGACACAUAGAAACAAAUGUAAGCAAUACUCAAUUGAGUGACAAUGGAAAGAAUGGUGAAGAUUUUAAAUCACGUUAUCUCACAGAUUUCGAGCCUGUGGAUUGUUUGGGUAAAGGAGGUUAUGGCGUUGUUUUUGAGGCAAAAAAUAAAAUCGACGAUUGCAAUUAUGCUAUUAAACGAAUUGCUCUGCCAAACAGUAAAUACUCAAGAGAGCGUGUAAUGCGAGAAGUGAAAGCAUUAGCUAAAUUAGAUCACCAAAAUAUUGUGAGAUAUUUUAAUGCAUGGCUAGAAUGUCCACCUGCAGGAUGGCAAGAGAAACAUGAUCCUCAAUGGAUGAACAAGUUAAUGUCUGCUAGUUCAGACUUUACUGCGGAAACUACUCAUUCUGAAACAAAAAUGAAUAAUUCUGUUUGCAUUAAUGUUAGUCAAACUGAUCAAUCAUCGGUGGAUAGUGCUUAUGAGGCCUGUGAAUUAAAUAAUUACGAUUCAAAUGAGGACUCUUUUAUAAUUUUUGAAAAACCUCAAUCAGUGGGUUCAGAUGAAAAUGUAAUUAAUAUUAGUAUUUCCACUGAAAGUUCUAAUUCGUCUAUUUCAACCAAUGCAGUAAAGAAAGAAUCACCCACGGCAAGUGAUUGUACGCAAUCUGAAAGCAUCGUAUUCGAGGAUACUGUUAGUAAACACUCGGAAAAAGAAAAUAGAAGAAAACGACAAGCAUCGUUUUCUUUAAAUCUGAACGACAAAUCAAACGUACGUAAGUCCCCAAAAAUGUUCCUUUAUAUACAGAUGCAAUUGUGCCAAAGGUUAAGUCUUAGGGAGUGGCUCAAAAUACAAUCAACAAGAAAUUAUCCUCGCGUAUUAAAUAUAUUUCAACAAAUAGUUGAUGCUGUAGAAUAUGUUCAUUUACAAGGACUUAUUCAUCGUGAUUUGAAGCCAUCAAAUAUAUUUUUUUCCUUCGAUGAUAAAAUUAAAGUUGGAGAUUUUGGACUUGUAACUGCGAUGACAGAAGGUUAUGACGAAGCUCAUACUCCUGCAGAAAACGAAGAUAUUAGUUUUAAAAACAGUUUACACACCGCGUAUGUUGGGACACAUCUUUACAUGUCUCCCGAACAAAUAAAUGGACAGGGCUAUAAUUACAAAGUCGAUAUUUAUUCCUUAGGAAUUAUUUUAUUCGAACUUCUUAUUCCAUUUGUUACUGAAAUGGAGAGAAUAACGACUCUUAUAAAUUUAAGGAAAUCAGUAUUUCCAGAAAAUUUCAAUAAUGAUUAUCCAUCUGAGCAUAAAUUAUUAAACAUGAUGUUGGAUGAAAAUCCUAGUAAAAGACCAACAACGUUAGGUAUCAAGGCCAAACCACCACUAUUUAAUAAUACAGCAAACGGAUUUAAUACAAACGAAGAUACAAGAUGGCAUUUUGAACUGCCUCAGUUAACAAGACAUUCCUCUGUAAUUAGUACCAGUAGCAGUGAUUCUUAGGAAAACAGUUUAAUAGUUAUACUUCUGUAAUUGAUUUAAGUAUGUAUGAAUACAUCCUGUUUUUCCAUCUUAUCCUUUGCAAAAUUUAUAACAUUCUUAAUCUUUAACGUUAUUUGAACAAGAGUAAUUACUCAAUUUGUUUUACUAUAAAAUAACAUUUAGUACAAAUUUUCUAAAUGAAAAUGAUAAGAUUACUUUUAAAUUUUGUUACGCAGGAUGUCGUUAAAAGGUAUAGUAUAGAAUGUUUGGUUGUGUUGUUUUAAGAUAUGAAUAUAAGCUGUCAUCGUUGUAAAUCGAUAUAUGUAUAAAUAUAUUUUUUUCAAAUUUCAA